AUGUCACAGCCAGCACCUGGAAUGAUUCCUUAUGGCACGCGCAUCAUCCACUCCGAGCCCGUUGACAUAGCCCAACCCAUCGACCACGAUAACAUUCGGGGCAAAACGAUACUCAUCACAGGGGGAGCCUCGGGAUUUGGUGCAGCCUGCUUCCGGGAAUGGGCCUCUCACGGCGCCAACGUGAUCAUUGGCGACAUCAAUGAGAGAGCCGGCACCGAGCUGGUCGCCCAGAUGCGCCAGACCACGGGGAACCAGAACCACUACUUCAUUUCUCUCGACGUGACGAGCUGGCAGAGUCAAGCCGCCUUCUUCAAACAAGCAGCACGGCUGAGUCCGCACGGCGGGAUUGACCAUGUCAUGGCCAACGCCGGAGUGGCCGAUGCACCGGAGCAGCUUCUCUUUGAGGACCCUCCUGACUAUGCGACGAUGGAUAAUAGUCCUCCUCCGCCCAAACCAGCUAUGCGAACGCUGGACAUCAAUCUCAAUGGGGUUCUUUAUACUACGCACCUGGCGAUAUCAUAUCUGUCCCGCAAUCCUGGGAGCGAAAAAUGUCAAGUCAACAAGCACUCGGGGACGCGGGAUCGACACCUCAUCCUUGUCUCCUCCAUCGCUGGGCUGGCGGGCUUACCGGGACAACCCCUCUACGCAGCGGCAAAACACGGUGUAGUCGGACUGUUUCGGACAUUGAGACUCACAAUCCCACUGAAACGCGGGGUCAGGGUAAAUAUGAUCAAUCCAUAUUUCGUCGACACGCCGAUCCUAGGGCCUGUAGGCGCCUUCGUCCUCGCGGGCGGCGGAAUGGCGAAGAUUGAAUCGGUUGUGGACGCCACGACGCGCCUUGUGGCAGAUCAAGGCAUCAUCGGACGAGCACUCAUGAUAGCCACCAAGACUUCCGACGAGGACGCGAAGACGAUGGGUCUCGAGCGAGCCGUAGAAGAUCAGGCCGUUUGGGACUGCUAUGCCGAUGAUUUCAAGCAGACGGACCUGUUCACAAGACGGAUCAUCGGUGUCACGAAUCUGGUAACGCAGGCCCGAGGAUGGGUGGGCAUGUGGACGGAUAUUGGAAGUAAUCUGUCCAAGAAACUGUCGAAGGCUUUGGGAUAUUGA